CUUUCGGCAUCGCGGUCUGUGCGCAUUAUUUCUCGUAUACAGCAUUGGAUACGACGCGGACGCACUCUUCGUAUGUAAAUUUUUACGAUAAAAAAAAAUCGCUGCAUGCAUGUCAAUCAACGUGCCACGUGUAUUUUUUUUGUUAAAAAUAUUCGUUUUGAAAACUUUGCGAUCCGUGAAAAUCACGAGAAAAAAAAGCUAGUGACAAUUAACGACAAUAAAACAUCCCCUUCUUUCUAUACCUACCUUCUCUGACAUAGAUAAUUCAUGUAACUCGAAUAUGAAGAAACGAUCGCCCCUUCGAGCACUUGCGAGAUAAACAUCGUUCGAGACAUCUGGUGGCCGUCCUGUAAACCACUCUGAUGUAUGGAAUUAGAAGAGAACUAGAGAAGGGGAUUUGGGAGAAGGAGCAAGUGGUCGAAGGAGCAAUCGGCGUUGGGGCGGAGUCUGACGGUCGUCACACCUCCCCUCCCGCGAUCCUACAUCUCAGGACGUCCCCCCGGCGAUAUUCCACUGCUGUCACCAGUUUUGUCACGUUCCGGGAGGAGUGCAGUUCGACGGCCGUCAUAGUAGGAAGAUCAACCGUCUUUUAUUCAGAAGGAUUAACCAGAGAAAUGGACGUAUUUGCGUUAUUGCGGUAACAGUGUUUAUUCGUGGCGUCGAUGAUUCGUACUUGGAAUUCUGCAACUUCUCACCGGUAACGUGACACUUACCGACGGAGUAGAUAUUAAUUCGUUUGUUUCACGUCACGUGCGAUUCACGCGGGUGCGACAAUAGGCUGGUGUAUACCGAGAGUAAAAAAGCGUACGGUCGUGCGCGUGCGUUCGUUCGGGUACGUUUCACGGUGUGAAUUUUUUCUCUGAACGCGGGCAAAGCCUAGCGUGGAAUAUUGGACGGUGAUAAACGUCGAGAGCGAACCGUCCUUUCCUCUUUCCUAAUUGUAUUUUGGCAGCGUGUGGUUCCCUGCGGGGGUGUCUCUUGUGUCGUGGGCAACCGCUUUGCGGUAAAACAAUCAAAAUUCGGGUGAAGAACAGAGAACCGUUACCAUCCUACGCGAUGGAAAUGAGCGACGAAUAUCAGGACAUGGGAAACCCUGGGGGAGGGGUCGCGGUGGUCAAUAUACCGAUGGCCCAUCAUCAACAUUCGCCCGAUAGUCCGCUGUCUCAUCAGGAAGAGGAUCUGUCCGAUCCCGAUCUUCAGGAUGAAGAGAGCGGCGAGGAAUUACCUCAGCAGCCACUUCAAGGUAACACGCACUCCUCGACGGAUAGUGCAUCCGCGCAGGCUGGUACACCUACUCCAUUAACACACUUGAACAGUCUGAUGGGUGCACAUCAUCCGCACUUUCUGGCAAAAUUGAAGAUGGAGCCCACCGAUAUGGACGCUUUGAACAACAAGAGUGGUUUAGAAGCGUUGCAGGCGGCAAUGGGCGGAAGUGGUUUCAAUCUACCAUUCUCGUUUCCACCACCCGCGUUUCUGACGCCCCAGCAUCACUCGCAAAACAGUCACGCACAAUCUGGUGGUAGUAUCGGGAGCGGGGUUGGAAAUCAAGUCACAUCGUCGGCUAGCUCACAUUCUAGCGAGUCUUCACAGGGGAGUGCUAGAAACGGUGGUGAGCCUCGCGAGACCAACAAUCAAUCGCAGAGUAAUACGACGGGAGCGAAUCACCAGCAGCAGACCAGUUGGAGUUUCGAAGAGCAGUUCAAACAGGUGCGUCAGCUAUACGAGAUCAACGACGAUCCGAAAAGGAAGGAAUUCCUGGACGAUCUCUUCAGUUACAUGCAAAAACGAGGAACGCCCAUCAAUCGACUGCCGAUCAUGGCGAAAUCAGUACUGGAUCUGUAUGAAUUGUACAAUUUGGUGAUAGCGAGAGGUGGCCUCGUUGACGUGAUCAACAAGAAACUCUGGCAAGAAAUCAUCAAAGGCCUACAUUUACCAUCUAGUAUCACUUCCGCCGCAUUUACUCUGCGUACCCAGUACAUGAAAUACUUAUACCCGUACGAAUGCGAGAAGAGACGACUGUCGACACCCGCAGAGUUGCAAGCGGCAAUCGAUGGAAAUCGACGCGAGGGACGACGAAGCAGCUACGGGACAUACGCGGCAAGCGGCAGCACGACGAACGAGAGCCUCGUUCAAAGGAACCCCCACACGCCCAACUCGUUGGCGUUGCACGCGCAAAUGUCUCCGUUAUCUUUGGUCACAGCAGUUGCGGCUGGUGGCCAGCACCACGGAUCACAGUCUUUGGUAAAUGGCAGCGCUGCGCACACUCCAUUGCCACAUCACCCACACCAUCCUCAACACUCGCAGGGACUACCGGGACAACCACCGAAUGCAGGCCCUAUACCCGGAAUGGCGCCAUCCGAAUUCGAAGCACGCAUGGUGGAAUACGUAAAACUGUUGAAUAAGGAAUUGAGAAGCGGCACACCGCCACCGAUGGGACACCGGCCGGGUAGCGCAUCUCCCCCGUCCUCGACGCCGUCGAGAGACGGGGCGUUCAGCGCCCUCGAAAUGUCACGAUUGACCUUGUGGAACAUGUACAACAACAACACCUUGUAUCCAGGGGUUGGCCACCAACCCCCUAUAUCGCCUCAAACGUCUCAUUCCCCGCUACCUCCGGCCUCCAGCCCCGAACCUCAGAGGGAAGCUCUUGAUCUUGGGCUUAGUUCCUUCUUUUGCAGGUCAUCGCCUGUAUCCUCACCAGCCAGGCAAAGUUCACCAUCUUCGGGUGGCAGUAUGCAAGUCAAAAGGGAUACGGAACUGACCGUCGCACCUGGACCUCCUCCCGCUAAAAGGUUACUCUCGGAUGAGGACAGUCCGCCCGAGAAGAACGCCCCGGCUACUCUGGGCACGCACAUUAAAAUUUCAAAUCGAGGUGAUGGUAGAAACGGUGACAAUUCCUUAGUAGUCAGUAUGGAGCUGAACGGAGUGAUGUAUCAAGGUGUUCUGUUCGCUCAAAGUGACAGUAGGUCCACGAGCAGUACAGCGUCCACCAACAACAACGCGAAACCGUCGCGGAGUGUAGUCUCGUGAACGCUCAACGAAUCGUCAACCGCGAAUAUAGCUCUAUAGGACACACUCCCUCGCGUCGGUUAUAAGUAGGAGCAAUAUUAAACAAAGAAUCGAGGAUAGCGGUAUGAAGGGUGUAAAGACUUGGUUUAUCGGUCGGAGGACCUCUCAAUCUCGCAUUGUCUUUCCUUUCGUUCAACCCGAUGAUAUGAUUAGGAAAGGGGGGAGGGGGGAUACACGUGAAAAUAACGAUACUUGUACGGUUGAACUAGAGCGGAAAGAAUUUUCUUCGAAGAAUCUUGACUGGAAGCACUCGGCCAAAUAGAUUAACCGUUUUUUGAGUAACGAACUUCCGAACCGGAUCGAUCAUUUGUCUUUUUUCUUUUUUUUUUCUUUCCUUUUUUCUUUCUUCCUUUCUUUCUUUCUUUCGUCAAUCAUCGAAUCAAAACAUCUUAACUUAUUUAUUGAUGCUGAUUUCUCGAGAUUUGAGCGGCGUUUGAUUAUUUUUUUUUUAGUUUUUUUUCUUUUCUUCCUUACUUUUCUUUUCUUUUCUUUUUUCUUUUCUUCUCUUCUCUUCUCUUUUCUUUUCUUUUCUUUUCUUUUCUUUUCUUUUCUUUUCUUUUCUUUUCUUUUCUUUUCUUUUUUUCUCUUGUCCCUCUGUUCGGGAAAUCAGUCUUCUUUCGUUAUUUUAUUAUAGCGUUUUAAAUCAGCAUGCGUGUGUGUAUAUUUGUUAUAACUUUUUACCACGAUAUUAACUCGAUAUCACCGCGAAUGUAAAAAAGCAGGUGUGUGUACAUAUGUAUUUGUGCACACAAAAUUCACACUUCUAUCAUUCUUCAACGCACUCACACACGCGCACAUGAGUUCACCAAUCGUAUCACGGUAUACAGGAUUGAGCGAUUGAUGAUAUAAUCGAUGGUUUACAUUAAUAUUAUUAUUAUUUAUAAGAAAAAAAUAUUUCGGAUAAAAAUUUCGAAUAUAAAUUUCGAAAUAAAUUUUUAUGGUAUUGAGACUUUUGUACGUGAAAAUAUAAAAAACCGCCUUAUUCUUGCAUUUAAUGGAAUCAUAUUUUUUUAUUAUAUUGAUCGAUUUUAUUAAUUAUUAUUAUUUUUUUUUCUCUUUUAAUAUAAAAAAUAUAUAAUUUCAUUUAAAAAAGAUAAUUUAAUUUUCAACUUUCCUUCUCCGUAAGAAAAAUAAAUUCAUCUCGUUGUUCGAAAUAUUUUUAAUUAGAUAAUCAGAUAAUAAUAUCUAUGUCAAAUCAAAGUAAUAAUGUCGAGUGUUUAAUUCUGUAUAUAUAUAUAUAUAUACACAUACACAUUCAUACACAUACGUAUAUGCACACAUCUUCUUAUAUACAUAGACAAAUGUCCAUCUUGUUGCUCGUUCGUUAAGUAUAUGUACAUAGUCAUUCGAAUACAUUUUUCUUUCGCAAAAGGGACAGAGCUCAGUGCGACAGUUUACAAGAAGAUACGCCAUUAUUAUAAUUAUAAUUAUUAUUAAUUAUUGAUUAUUACUGUUAGACAUUAGAGAGAAAAAGAUAUUAUGUAUCGUGAUUUUUAUAUUAUACGCACGAGUAAUUUUUAUUUUCUUUUACUUUCUUUUCGUUGUAGGCAGAUUUGUAAAAAAAAAAGAAAAAAAAAAUCAGGCGGUAUCGACACGUGAUGGUUUGCUUCCUCUUUUUACAAGAUAUACGUGUGGAUUAACUCCACGAAAUCAAACGAAAAUUACGAACGAACGCAAAAGACGGAUCGUUACAACUCGUUUCUUCCUUUUUUACUUUUUAUUUACGUUUUCGCGUUGUUUUCUUUCUUUUUAUAUUAAAUGCGCGAGAGGUACGAGCGAUUAUCAUAAAAGCAUUUAACCGAGUAGCAUUCAAAUGUUUCGCUCGCACUACGUAUUUCGCAUUUUUAUUAUUAUCGUACGCAUCGUCGAUCUUUAAGUUCUUCUUUUUCUUUUUUUUUUUUUUCUAACGAUAGAUAGAAUCAUGUUGUUUCGAUGACUAGGGCCAGUUCAAUAACGAUACCGCAGCCAACGGGACUGUGAAAACGCUGAACACCCACGUAUUAUAAAUGUAUAAUAUAACAACGUUUACUUUAUAUUAAUGCUUAGUAUGUAACGCGCAGAAGAAUCAUACAGAAUUAAAAAAAAAAAAACUUAUCCCCUUAGAAGGUAAGCGCAUUCACAAAGCGUUCAGAAUGAAAAUAAAAGCAUCCUUAGUCAUAGUUGUUAGGAUACAAACUUAGCGGAGGUAAGAUAUUAGAGAAUAAUACGCGCGACAGUAAUACAAAGUACAUAAGAUAGGUAAGAGGAAAGAAUUUUGCGGACAAUUUUUUGUCACUUUUUGUCAGACGGAUAUUGGAAAGUGAAUACGAUGUUGUUGGCUUAUUCGAUGGACUUUCAUAUUGAUAACGAUGCGGUAUCGAGAAGGAAGAAACUGUUUUAUUGUUUAUAGUUCGAAGGUUAGCCAAAAAGACUGUUAUAUAGGACGAAUAUUAUAUAUGGUAGAAAUAAUUUCUUAUUAUGGUUAUUAAGAAUGAUAUUAUUAUCAUCGUCAAUAUUAAUAUUACGACUAUAUUGCUAUUAUUCCUAUUACUACUAUUAGUAUAUUAUCCAACUACAUAUUUACUAUUAUCACCUUGUUAUGGCGUGAUAGCGAAUAACGGUUCUAAUAAAAGAACAAAAAAAAAAGGAGAGAAAAAAAAAACAGAACGUUCGCAUCAAAAUUAUAAAAAAGGAAUCCUUGUUGCUCCCUAUUUUUUUAUGUAAUCGUAAAAAAUUGACCCAUUUUUAUUUGAAACGCUUGAUCUAGAUUAAAAAAGAAAAUAUUCUCAUCGCAACUUUAAGCAAACUUGGCAAUACGUUUUAACUUUUCGAUCUUUUUUUUUCAUAUGAUAAUAAAUUCGAUUUUCAUAUUUUUUUUAAUUGAUUAUGGAGAACAUGAAAUCAUUAGAUCGAUCAUAAAAUGAGCAACAAAAAAAAUUACGUGCAACAUUAUAUAUAGUUUCAUCGAUCGAUUGUAAUUUUGAUAGGGAGAUAAUCGUUAGCGUUUAUCGAACUAUCUGUUCGAUGCCGGCUUGUAAGUAUUACUAAUUUUUUCUUCAAUAUCGAAAUAAAAAAAGAAUACACAUUUACAGGCAUAACAUUGUAAUAACUAUUAUAAAUGUUGUAUAUACUACAUUCAAUCUUGACAAAAUAAACAUGGAACUCCUGAUGACAUUUAACUAUUUUAAUCUCCGUAAGUAGCAACUUAACUAUCUGUAAAUCCAUGUAAAUCCAUUAAUAUCAUAACGAAUAAAAUCGAUGUUACUUUUA